AAGUUCAACGAUGUCUAUUUUACGGAUGUGCGGUUUUCUCGCACUAAUCCAGGCCUUGAGCACUGCCAGUGAUUCCAAUGCUUCAUGUAGCACUCCAUGGCGAUACUGUGGUUCGUCCGGUUCCUCCAAUGGAAUAUCAGUUGACUCGGUGAAAGUGAAUAACUGCUGCUCUCUCCCAUGUUACUUCACCAAGGGGGAGAAUGUUUCUGUCACAGUAGUAUUCACCGCAGGCAAGUAACACCUACAGCUAUGUAUUCCCUGCGUGUGUUUCUUACAGUGUGCAAUAUUGUUUUCGGUUCAGACGAAUACUUUGAGAGUUUACUGUUGAAGCUAUGUGGAGAAUUGUAUGGUUCAUGUAUUGAUUUCUCACUGGAGAGCAGUGACCUCUGUACCUACGUCUCCUGCCCCCUCCAAUUCAAUAAGCAGUACAAGAUGAAACUGAAUGUCUUUAUCAAGACCUACUGGCAAGAUGUGUCAGUGACUGCCAAGUGGAUGUUGGAGGAUGCGAGUGGAGACCAGAAGGCAUGUUUCUAUCUACCAGUGGUUAUCAAGAGCCCCACCAAGAAACCAGAGUACACUCCUGAGACUGGCCCUCCGAAAAAGCCACCACAGCCUCUGGCAAAAGCCUUGUUGUGACAUCCAUAGACGAAAUCAGUGUGUCUGUGUGUUGGUUUAGUGAUAUAGUGUUUGAUGUAAGCAGUCCCUUGAUUGGCACAUAGCACUGUAUAGUUGGGAACAUCAGUGGACAAUGCUGUC